UAUUCUCACCGCCACUCACACUCAGGCGGCCACAUUGGGUCUGAAGCUGAGAAAGCGUCUGACGCUCUCCUCCUAGAACAGCAUCAACUCCUACAAGCAUCAUCUAUUCGAUAGAUUUUGGAGCUACCACUACUAGCUCCAGCUAAUUAGAUCAGCUUACAGACACACCUCGCGAUGCGCGUACUUGCCAUCUGCAAUCCUGUGUGCGGCGAUGCCUCUGCUGUCCAAUUCUAUGAGACACACGUCGCACCUCUACUGAAAGAGGCCACCGUCGAACUGGAUGCCCCGGUGCUCACAACAACGCACGACGGCCAUGCAGGACAAUUCGUCACGCAGUAUACCGAGUCUGUCGAGGGUCCCUUCACCGUGAUCCUCGCUAGCGGGGACGGCACUCUGCACGAGAUCGUGCAAACGCUCACGAACACCCCGCCCAAGGGCGUGCGUGCAUCCGCCCCUCCAGCCAGGCUUUCCUUCGUCCUGCUACCCUGCGGAACCGCCAACGCGCUCUACUCCUCGCUCUUCCCACCACAGAGCGAGGAAGACGCCACGAGCACCGACUACAAGCUGAGCUCUCUCCGCGCAUUCCUCGCCUCGGGCACAACCGUCCCGCUCACCCUCGCCCUCACCACCCUCUCCCCUCCCCCCCGCUCGCACAAUCCCCCACGCACCGCCGUCUCCGCCGUCGUCGCCUCCACCUCCCUACACGCCUCCAUCCUGCACGACGCCGAGGCCCUCCGCGCCUCCGUCCCAGGGCUCGAGCGCUUCAAGCGCGCCGCGGCGCAGAACCUCGCGCGCUGGUACUCCGCCUCCGUCACGCUCUUCCCCGCGCAGGCCACCGGGCGCGUCGAGCUCUGGGACCCCGCCGCGCGCAGGUUCGCACCGCACCCGCAGAGCACCGAGUCCGACCCGCUCGUCGAUCUCUCCGGUCCGUUCGCGUACUUCCUCUCCACGGCGAAUGUCGACCGCCUCGAGCCUGCGUUCCGUAUCACGCCGCAUGCGCGCGAUGUCCCGCCGAAGGGCCCCGCGCUGGACGUCGUCGUGCUCCGCCCGGAGCGCGAUCCUAGUGUGGAGAUGGACUCGCGGGAGGUCCGUGAGGCGUUUGCGGAGAAGGCGAAGGCUGUUUUGGGCGGUGCGUAUGAGGAUGGCGCGCAUACGGUGCUGAGGUAUGCGGAGGAUGGGUGUGUUCUUACUGAAGGAGAUGGACCGCUCGUCGUUGAGUAUUUCCGCUGUGGCGGGUGGGAAUGGGAGCCGGAUGACAUCGAUGACCGCGCACAUCUUGUGUGCGCCGACGGUGAGGUCUUCACGAUAGAUAAGGGCGGAAGGGCGACCUGCGCCGCUGUGAUACCGGUAGACGACAAGUCUGGUUUUGCCGUGUUUGUGUGAUAUCUGCGUAGACUCUCGGACUGUGGUGGCUCAUAUCUCGAAGAAUGGUAAGGGAGGAAUGAUAGAGCACGGAAGUCGACACUUAUGUACAAUCAUUACGGAUCGCAUGUCAUGUUGCACUGUUUAGCGACUCUCUUACAGUCGCAUGUCAGUCUUCGGCCAGAGAUGAUGAUUUGCAACGAUGCAGUGCCUUGACUCUCGUG